AUGCUCUCCCAUCUGCGGUUCCACAGGCGAGGGCCGUCAUCAAAUCCUACCUCGCCCUCUCCUGAUCAAACUCCUACUUCACCUGCUGCUGGCCACCCCGCGCCUUUCUCUCCCGAUGCUCUCUCUCCAGAAUUGCGACCAACAUCUUCGAAUCCCUCCACCUUGCCUCCUACUCUACCGCCCAUAUCUCGCGUUACCACAGAAGAUAUAGGGAAGCCACGAGAUGGCCGCCAAAAUGCUGCAGCGACAAACCCGUUAGAUACUCGACCACAACCGACCUCUAAAACAUCGUCCUUCAUUGGUGGUGUCGCUCUUAGAAAAUACCAGCGUGAUCUGGAAGCACAAGCUACCGAAGCUAACGACAGCAAAAGAGGAACUGGUCUACUUGGUCAGCAUUCAGCUUCUCAGCCAUCAUUGACUUCAAAUAAUCCCCCCUUACGGCCGUCGCCGCAGGUUAUAAAGAAUACGAGAGCUACAUCUUCUUUCAGCACACCCACAGAUCUUCAGCAGCCUACCGGUCGCCGUCCUGCAGGUACCCGUCUGGUUACAGAACUGCCCUCGCUUACACAGACAACAAGCAACACCGAAACCCCCAAGCCCAAGAAAGGGCUGCCGUUUCUUAAGAAACCAAUGUCAACACUAUUGAUGAGGCGCAAAAACAGUCAGCAUGCCCCUGACUUGCGCCCAUUACCCUUGGCCAAGCGCCGUGAGGAUCCGGUGUAUGAUCCUCGCAUCAUGGGAACUCGGGUCCAUGAUUUCAGUGCACCACGGCCAAAGAGGAACACCCCAAACAGGGAUACUACGCAAACAUCUCUCGCUUCGCCAGUCCCCAUGUCCGCUCCUCUUCCCGUUCAAGACAUGUUCCUGAGCCCGUUGUCCACUCAGACUGAACAAACCCCCCUCUCAGCCUCAAAUUUGACAACACGUAUGCCCAGUGAUGCUUCCGAUUCUAUCUAUUCACAGGAUUCAAGGGCGCUCAAGAUGACACCAAGCACAGCCUCUGCAGCGCCCCAAGCCCCUGUGCCUGACUUAGUUGCUCUUACACUGUCAGAUGCGCCCCCAGUACCUCCUAAGGAUGAUGCACCGAUUUCAGUUCAACCAAAGUCGCCCCGAGCAUCGCGUUUGAUUGAUGAAGAUGCAUAUGUCCAUGAUAGACCGUCGGUUUCUCACCAGGCAGGGAGGUCGCGAGGCCCGUCACUAUCUGGAUUAUCUGGUAAGGAUAUACCGUCUGCGAUACCUCGACAUAUGAAGAGUACGUCGUCGAGGUUCAGUUUCGACAUGAUUGGUGCUGCAAAACAGGAGAAACUUCUCGAAGAUAGGCAUCGUCAACGAGAGCUUGAGAAAAAGACUGCAGAUGUAUCUGCCCCACGAGACUCGCGCUUUGAGGAUUUUGAUGAUGAUGGCUUCGAUUACGAUGCAAUGAUGGAUGAUGAUGGCUUCGAAGAGGAUAUUCCCAUGGUUGGCGAUGACUUUGAUGAUAUGGAUGCUGAUUUCAACAAUGGGCUGGACGAUCACAUGGACGACCACGCGGGCGGCAACAUGAACAACACUUUGAAUAGAACCCUCAGUACCUUUGACAACAACCUGAACAACACACUUAAUGGAAGUAUGGAUGACGACUUGGACGAAGAGCUUGAUCCAGACAACGACCAGGAAAACUUUUCUGGCUUUGUCUUUCAACGAUCGGGUCCUACAUCAUCGAUAACCAGUCCUCGCAGCGCUGGCUUCUUGCCAACCCCAAGGGAUCCAGAGGGUAAUCGGAUUGGGUUUGCCAUGAGUCAAUAUACGCCAGAGAUGCUGUCUCCGUUGUCUCCCAGAGUCCCCCUCGACCAGCGGAUGAGUCAAGAGAUGGAGGCAGGUGGGCUGGGAAUUCAAGGAUUGGACAUUCCGAGGGUGCCCAGUCUCGAGAAUGAAGCUGCAUUCCAGAAAAACCAGGACCUGCCACCCAUCAAUACUGGACGCCCAUUAAACGAUGACGAGCUCUAUUACGACGAUGGCAUGUUAGAAUUUGAGAGAAAUGAAUUCGCCGAGGAUCUUGCUGCUCCUCCAGAAUGGGAUGAUACCCCUUUUGACGAAUCGAUAUUUGACAAUAACGAUACCGAUCAAUUCGGUCGACCGAUAGCAGGCGCCUUUGCGCAGGCCCAAUCACAGAAACGAUCCACAAAUCAAGAUGAACCGAAUAGAGCAUCUGACUCAACAGAACCACUCUCUGCGACUUCAGAGAUUCCUCAGACAACGGCUCAUACAUCGCUGAGUGCCGGUGAAAAAGAAGAGGUCGAACACAAAACUGUGAGGGACAGCCCUGUCCCCAAUUCGUCUCCUGCCCCCACAGCUGCGGUUCAAUCGUCGUCUCCUUCGGGAGAUGAUCCUUUUGCAGCGUAUCAGGCUGCUCUCGCUGCGGCGGCUUAUAAAGCGGCAGCAUCGGGCAAGUUCCAACGCGGUUCAACACCACCACCUGUUGAAACCAGCCUGCCUGCGCCAGAUCAUUCGGUAGACGUGCCAGACCAUGAUAAUGCCUUUAACCAGGACGACUAUGAGAGUUUCGAUGACUAUGGUGAUUACGAUGAUACAUAUGAGAAUAUGGCCGAUCUGGAGCUUGAUGACGAUGCUAUCAUCGCUGAAGCCAAUGCAAGCGCUCUGGCGAACGACUGUGAUGGCUGGUAUGGUCAGGAAUUUGGCUUCUUUUCAGCUGGUCAACAACAAGGACCAGAAUUUGAAUAUGCCAAUGGUGGCUUCUUUGGUCCAAAGGGUGGUUUAGAUCGUAGCACCAGCGGGCGUAUGAUAUCAAGAGAACCGAACCUUACGCCUAUCACAGAGCGAUCCGAAUACUCUAACAGAAACUCGUUCAUGAGUCUGGGUAUGCCUGGCUUUGGAGGAACAACGCCCCUGCAAAGCCCUGGCCUGGCUCAACUUGCUCUUCUUGGCGAUCGCGGCGACGAGAUGACUUUAUCUGCUCUUCUCCGGCUUAGGUCCCGGGCUUGGGGGGGUUCUCAAGCAAGCCUUGUGUCCAGCCAAAACGGGUCCCCACGAUCAGAAAGAGGCGAUAUGUCCACCUCACCUUGGGGUCAGAGCUUUAUGAGCCCAACGACUUUCCACACCCGGAAGAACUCGGUUCUUUCUACCAUCAGCCACGACUCGGAUAGCGUAAGCGCCUCAGGAAGCCCGACGUUGACAGGUGGCAUUCCUGGCUUUACGCUGUCCCCACCACCUGUCCCAACGUUGGCUAAGCUUGAAACUGAUGUUAAGAAUGAUGCUCAAAUCCCCCCCCUCAACGUUAGCAGACCUGCAUCAAAGUCUUACGACAACCCUAUUUCACCAGUGUCGGAUCCAGAAGAGAGUAUGCCGUCAUCAGCCAUGGUGAGCCCCUUAGUGCCUUCCAAUAGGGCUAGCAUGGUUGAGCCCAGCGUUGUUCCUAAGCGCCCUGGUAUGGGGCACCGGCAUAAAGGCUCAGCCGACAGCAUAUCAUACACCAAAGAGGAAGACAGUGGCGCUACACGUUGGGUCAUGGAGCGACGACGCACAGGGGAAUUCGGACAGGUUGAGAUCGAGCGAGAAGUUCUUGAAGAAGGGCGAAUCUAG